UCGCCGCCGGUAUAAGAGGGGUCGGUGCUCAGCCCAUGCACUUCAGUCCACUAAAAGAAACCCACCACCGUACAACGAUGGCUCUUGAACGUCAAGUGCGCGCCAAGAUCGCGGCGAAGCGUAAUCCCGAACAGGAGAAGGAGGCCCAAGAAUGGAUCGAGUCGAUCCUUGGCAAGAAAUUUCCCCAGGGUGAGUCGUUCGAGGACGUGCUCAAGGACGGGCAGGUGUUGUGCCACCUGAUGAACAAAAUCUCUCCCGGAUCGGUCCCCAAGAUCAAUUCUUCCGGCGGCCAGUUCAAAAUGAUGGAGAACAUCAACGCGUUCCAGAAAGCACUGAAGGAAUAUGGCGUGGACGACGUCGACGUGUUCCAAACCGUCGACUUAUGGGAAAAGAAGGACAUAGCGCAAGUAAUCACCACUAUGUUCGCCCUUGGUCGCACGACGUACAAGCACCCCGAAUGGAAAGGACCCUACCUGGGACCGAAGCCGGCGGAGGAAUGCAAACGCGAGUUCACGGAGGAACAGCUCCGGGCUGGCGAGGGUGUGAUCGGCCUCCAAGCAGGAUCGAACAAAGGCGCGACCCAGGCGGGCCAGAGUCUCGGCGCAACCCGCAAGAUCCUCCUCGGAAAGUAGACCAGGAUCGUAAGCGAGCGGCGCGGCGCACCCUUCUUAGACUCCAAAAUUUCGAUUUUCCAUUGUACAUGUAUAUUAUAUAUUUAUUUUGUAUUUUGUAAUUGAAACAAUAAGAAUAUACCAUCUAUAUUACUA